GGGAGGGAGUGAGAGAGAGAGAGAGAGAGAGAGAGAGAGAGAGAGAGAGAGAGAGAGAAGCUGUGUGUUACAGCUUUCUUUCACCAGAAUGAGGGAAAUGAUGGAGUUUAGGUUUCUCUGUACAGGACCGAUGAAGACACUUCUGACUCGAUAAAACUCCUUCAGGACAAAAUGAACCCAGACUCCCUGGACUCCUCCAUCCUGAACACUCUCUCCACUCUCUACCCUCCGUUUGAGGUCACAGCUCCCACCAUCCUCGGCCAACUAUUACACGUAAUUGAGGGUCGUUAUGUUGGCGAUUCGCUUCAGUGCCUAACCGACUUCCUGAUCCCAGCCAGACGGCUCCUGGACAGAGUGCGCCAGGCUGCUUGUGUGCCAUAUUCAGACUUACCGUUCCAUUGUUCGGGCUGGCCGCUUUGCCUGUAUGACCAUAUUUUAAUCCAUCUCGCUCCCAUCAACCCCCUGCUGCUGUCAUUUGAAGACUUCUACAUACAGGUGGUGCCGUUUAAGAAGCAGGCAGCCCGUAUCGUGGUUCGAUGCCUAUUGGAUGAGGAGCAGCAUGAUUUGGAGGAAACUCCGAUACCCGAGGACUCAUUUACCUGUAUUUUCACCCAGGACUGGCUAAAAGAGCUCAACGUAGGCAGGCAUGGAAGGCCGCUGCGUCACUGUGUGCUGGCUACUGAGCAAUGCAUAGUGAAGGUGCCUUGGGAUCAGGUGGCCUACCCAGAGUUUGAGAAACAGCCACAGUACAUGGAUUCAUCUGGUAUUUCCAAUCAACAGCAGCCAUUGAAUGGAUCUUCCUGGCAGGGUUAUUCGGUCGAAACCAGAAUUUGUCCUGCUAAGGAUGGAAUUGCAGUGUCUUUGUGCUUGGUAGACAGCUCCAGACAGAGUGAGAUGAAUCAAGCCAUGCCUGGAAUGAGGCCGCUUGGCUGGGUGUCUCCUAAUACUUGGGACAGUCGCAGUAAAGUGUGUUUUGUGGAUGAGGAUGUAAAUGAUGUGGAGCAUAUCAAAGACUUUGGAGACUCUCAGACAAAUGUUCAACUUAGAACAUGUUUGCAAAGGGUGCAAAAGGUCACACCUCCUGUAGGCCAGGGUCAUGCAGCCCAUGAUCGUCCCACCUGCGGACGGACGGUAAGGUUUGCAGAGCAGCCUUGCACUCCUUGCUUGAGGAGGAAGCAUGGACAGGGGACCAAGAAUCAAAAAUGUCGGUACAAGGAGUAUUGCAGGGAAGAACAAUGUUCUGUUAGAAAUGAAAACAGGCUAAAAGAACCAAUUAUCUCUGAGACACCAGUGAGGACAGAUCAUCUCCUCAAACCAGUUUGGAAACAAUUCCCACAGAUUCCAACUACAAAUAACAACUCAAAUGAAAAUCAUAGAAAAGAACCUGAAAAUUAUCAGGGUAUUUUUGCAGACAUGACAGAACUGAGUGAAGGAACCAUUGCCUCUUUCACCCCAAAUGUGGUUGAAACAGAACCUGAGAAAAGUCACACAGUCAUCCAAAGAUAUUCCAGUGAGGAAAAAUUGGACAGCAAAACCGACAUGACCCCAAGGUUACAUGUAGCUCAUGGGAAAAAGGCCACUACAUUUGGACUUGUUUCACCAAAGUUAAACAGACGGAAGCAACCGAUGCAAGAAGAAGCUCAGAACCAGAAAAAUCUUCCCCUUCUUUCUAAGGGACCUCACACAAAUAAAACUGUAUCCUCAUUACACCAUACUGAUAUUAAAAAGACUGGAAAGACAUCACCGUUCCCAGCUCCGUCUGAUCCAGAGACCUACCUCCUGCAAGCAGGACUAUCUUGCCUGACAGGUGGCAGAGAUCACACAAACAGAGUAGUAGUGGAGGUUUAUGGUGAUCACCAGCACUGGGGGUCUCCUCUGAUGUCCAGCAUGGCGCUUUGUAAACUUCUGCUGUAUUUCCAUACGACCACUAGGAUGGAGGAGAGAGAGUUUGGAAUGACCGUUGUGUACGAUAGCCGCAAGAUACCGCCACACACAGAAUUCUUUGAAGCUCUGCAGAUGGUGCAGGAGCAGAAUCCAGAAGCAAUCCACUGUGUGCUACUGCUGAUCAGUAAGGAGAAAAGUUAUAGCUCCAGGAAAUACCACGGAGACAUGGAGGUCGUGACAUCCCUGAAAGCUCUUCACAGAUAUAUAGAUUACAGCCAGCUGAGCCCAGCCCUGGAAGGCACUUUUCUUUACAGUCACCGAAACUGGUUGCACCUUCAUCAGGAACUGUAUCCAUUUGUGUUUGCCAUGAAGGAAGCAUCUAAUUUGCUUCUAGAAGCCAUGAGGAAGUUAGAAGGGGUCCAUAAAAUAGACACAGCUCAGGAUGUACAGCAGUGUAUUAAUGACCAAAGUGUUCUAAUGAAGGAUGUAUUUGAAGACACCCAAUUAGUUACCUUACAAAGGGAAGGUGGAGCCUUUUUGGCUAGGUUGAGAUGGGAGAGCGACGUAAGAGGAACACACUAUGAGACAAACUGUAAGGUUAUGGAUACUGCGGAUGCCCUUUACGACAAGAUAGAGGAACAUGUCCAUGUGCUGGUGAGAAGGUCCAAUGUAUCAUUUCAACACCUUGGAUUCUUGCUACAUCUCAGAAAGAUGGAAUCAAGGUUUAUGGAGAUAAAGGAGUGGUUUGAUGUGGAGGGUGAGAGACGAAUACUCCAGGCUGAAUCUGCAGAGGAACCAAGCAGGAGCUUUGAGGAGAUUCUCCAAUGCUUAACCGCUGUCCUCACUGAAGCUAAUGAGCAUAAACUUCAGGCGAUAAUGUUACUGAAUGAAGCAGAAAGCAUUCAGGGACCAAACUAUCCUGAGACAGAAGUGUUCCACAUAAUGAUAUCUACAUUCAAAUCCAACUUGUCUGAAUUUCUCUCUCAAGCAGAGCAGUACUGUGAUGAGCUGAAGACUAUGCAAAAUGUCUGCCACUUCUGUGAGAGGGCAACUGAGGUGGCCAUAGACUGCUCUCAGCAGUUGGAACAAGAGAGACUGCAGUACAUGAAUCAUCAAGAGAAAUUGGCUAAUCUUCAGGAAUGCCAUGAAAAGCUCAGCCAGUUUUCCCCUGAACACUUCCAAGAAGCAAAGACCCAGGCCUGGUCUCUGCAGAACCCCUGGGGGAGGAAGGUGUGGAACAUGACUUGGCUAAGGUGUCAGGAGGUCAGUCAGCAACUGGAGGACAUACUGCAGGAGUUGGAGCAACCAUCGGUACCUGUAUCUUCACAGAAUCAGUGGCACAGUAAUGUAGGAAAAGAGAGCACUGAUAUAGAGCGAAUGCUUCCACAGCCUGACACACACAAGGACCAACCUGAAUGCACAGAAGUCCGGCAUAACCGAGACAGCAUCCACGGCACGGUGACCUGCUUCAACUUCAACUUCAGACAAUCCCGUAGAGGACAUAAAGGGCCCAAAAUGGCUCCAGUUGCAGAUACCGACCAGAGGUCAACCAGAAAAACAACCCAUGACCACAGGCAAGCAACAGUUGCAGGCUCUGAAACCGUUGGUUGCCAGUGGUUCAACUGGCACCACAACUCAACCAAAUACACUAAGGAGGACUCUUUUUCAGCUUCCAGUUCCUCUAAGAUUCAGAUCCUACCAUCUACGUUCACUGAAUCUAAGACCUCACCACCCAUCUGCUCCAAUUCCCAAAUCGUAAGACCUAACUGCUCUGAAACUCAGACCUCAGUGAUCCAGAACCCAAUACAACUUUGUGGUAGCUCUUCCCAUUCGGAAGAGAAUGCUAGCUGGGAGAAUGAAGCAGCAAGCACCAUGUCAAGUCCUGGCAUUGAAAGCAGCAAUAUGAGACUACAGUGCAUCAUGGAUGAAUUGUUGCUGACAGAGAUGGAGUAUGUAAGAUCUCUGGCUUACAUCCUGACUCAUUAUCUCCCCCUGCUGGCCCAGCCAAAUGUGCCUCCAGACUUGAGAGGCCAGCGUGGAAGGAUCUUUGGGAACCUCGAGAAUCUAUAUGCCUUCCACUGCGGUUACUUCCUACAGGAGCUUGAGGCUUGCAAGACUGAACCACUCCAAGUGGGCGGUUGCUUUCUCAGACAUAGAGAGAAUUUUGGGUUGUACGCUCUCUACAGCAAGAACAAGCCUCAGUCAGAUGCUCUGAUCCAACAGCAUAAGUUCUUCAAGAGUAAGCAGCUGGAGUUGGGAGACAGCAUGGAUCUAUCCUCCUACCUGCUGAAGCCAGUACAGAGGAUCAGUAAGUACAGCCUGCUGCUGCAGGAGAUGCUGGAGGAAUGUGGAUCAGAGCAUGUUGCAGAACGCAAGGAGUUCCAGGGUGCUGCUGAGGUGGUCCGAUUCCAACUACGCCACGGAAACGACCUGCUCACCAUGGACGCCAUCCAGGACUGUGAUGUGAACUUGCAAGAACAAGGCCAGUUAAUUCGCCAAGAUGAGCUCUAUGUAUCGUUUCGCAAGAAGCGCGCUUUGCGCCGAGUAUUUCUGUUCCAGGAUCUUAUUCUGUUCACCAAGACGAAGAAAACACACCGUGGAGAUGAUGUGUAUGUCUACAAACAGUCUUUCAAGACGUGUGACAUUGGACUAACCCAGAACUGUGGGCAGAGUGGCUUGUGCUUUGAGAUCUGGUUCAGAAGAAGAAAAGCUCAGGACACAUAUACACUUCAGGCAGAGAGACAGGACAUGAAAGAGGCCUGGACUGCAGACCUGGAGCGCAUUUUAUGGGAACAGGCCCUGAAGAACAGAGAGUUGCGGAGACAGGAGCAGGUGUUCAUGGGAAUGGGUAGUAAGCCAUUCAUGAAAAUUCAGCCAGAUGUCCAUGACAGAACCAUCACCUGCUUUCGCCGAGAAGGAGAGACCGAAGGAUUAAAAUCUCCAAAUCUCACAGCACCCAAACACCAAAGUGACACACCGCUGCCACGGCCAGAAUCGAUAAGCUCGACCUCGGGCAGCCAAUCAUCUUCCUCCUCUGGCCGAGGCUCUUUGUCUCCUAGCGGUUUCCAUACAGAUCCAUACGGAUCACGAGUGUAUGGUUCCCCGGGUUCCUGCAGUGCUACAGGAAGGAGUUUCACAACGCCUGCUGGUCCCCAGAUGCAGAAAACGUCACCUGCUCUAUCCAGGAAACAGGGCAUCAGUAGCACAGCCCAUAAAAUACACACGUCUUAUUUCACAGAAGGUUAGACAACGGAUUUGUUCACUGCUUAACGGCGCUGGCAUUUGUUCUGAAUAUACCAUUAAUAUUUCUAAGUAAACAUUCUGCUGAUGCUUAUUCCUUUAUUUUGCACCGAAGUCACAGCGAGAAUAGAACUUUAAUGUAUAUAUAACUAUAAAAACUAUAACUCUGAGACACAACCUUGGAUGAACUAUUAAAACUAAUUAGCUAAAGUCCAAAUGGAUUUGAUUUUCAGAAAUAUUGGCAUCCUUUACCAAAAAUAUUCAUAUCACACACAAUAAUUAGAAAACCUCAAACAGUAGAGAUGAGUCGCCUUUCCUUUUGUGUAAUCAUAUUUUCUUUUCACGUUUUUGCAAAAGUUUUGGCACCCAUAAAGAAUUAUAUAUAAAUAUAUAUAGUCUAUAUGAAGUCUGUUGCUGUCAGCUAAUGUCAUAUCCUGUUGCCGUGGGGAAUUCAUAAAAGGUUCAUAUAAAGCACGCAUGUCAAACCUAUAAGUCAUACAUCACCAUAGCUCAGUGUAAACAUCGCUCAGAAAAAGCCGUCGUGCUGCAAGCCUCAGCUAACUGAUCAUUCCACAGAAUCGUGCAAGAUGACUGAAGGCUACACAGGAAACGAGUCUGAAGCAAUUUCACACAACAAAAAAACAGCAAUGAGUAAAAGCUCAGUCCAUAUAAUAAUUUCAUUUUACUGCUGGAAAUAUUGUUCGCUGAACGAAGAGAUGAUUAAGAAACAUGUUAUUGAAUUUUAUUUAAAAAAAAAAAAAAAGUUCUAUUUUUGCAUGGAGUGAUUUUCUAAAGCCUUUAUAUGUCAGAUUAACAGUUAUUUUACAGAUUUUUUUUUAAACAUUUUUUUUUUUCUAUUUGAAUUAAAAAAAGAAUAAUAAAACACUGUACAUUGCUCUUGUAUAGCAUUUUUCUGCACGUGCGUAACUGAAUCCAUUUGUUGAACACCGUCACGUUUAUUUACUCACAGAAAGCCAAAUGUUUGUGUAAAAGAUUUGAAAUUUAAAAAGUUGUUAAAAAUAAAGUGUUACUGAGUAAAUGA